AAGAGCUACAAUCGAUCUCGACAGUGGUAUUAUUAAUCAUUGUUAAAUCAAUUAAUAAUUUACAAAUUGGCUGCCAGAUUACAAAAUUUGCAUUUAAAAAACAAUUAAAACAAAUUAAGUCACAGUAGAAACAGAAAAGUUAAUUUAUUUAAAUCAGAGAUCAGCAAUGAAUCGCAGGGAAAGAUCUGUUACUCACUUUGAAGGAUUGGGGGAUCUCUGGCAGAAGGAGUGCAAAUAUCUGGAUCAGAUCUUCGAAAAGCGCAUUCCAUUUAACAGCAAGGAACUCAUUAGUUUCUACGACUAUGUUUACUAUCAUUGCUCGAGCUUCGUCCACAAUUCGAAUGUGCGUUCCCAAGAUCCCGGAAAGCAUCUGUACGAAAACCUAACCAAUUACAUGAAUACCAGGCUCCAGGAAAUAGCAGCAGAAAUCGAGAUCAUCACGGAUGACGAGCAACUAAUCAUCAAAUACGUUGAGUAUUGGGAUCCAUUUUGGAAGGCCUGUGAGGAAUUGAACCGGGGCUGUCGAUACCUCAACCAAAACUGGGUGAAACGGGAACAGUUCGAGAAGCACGACCAUAUCCACCACGUCUACCGCAUGGCCAUGAUCCGCUGGAAGGAGGAGGUCUUCAGUCCCAUUGACAGGGCCCUGGUCACCGUCAUUACCAUGAUCUUGAGGCAACGGCCGGGGAAACAGGCCAAAUCCCUUGUCUACCAGGUGCUCAAAUCCAUUGUGGAGCUGUAUGCCAACGAUGAGAAACAAGCCGUGCCGGUGCCCAACAAACUGAACAACGUUUUCACGGAGGAAGUGGUGGGAUUCUACAAGUCGGAGACCCUGGCUGAGUUCCAAAGAAUCACCUUAUCCGGCAGUUACUGCGAUUUAAAGCACUUUCUCAAAUACGCCUGCUUGGCCAUGCCAGAAAUCAAAGAGGGUGUCCAGUUUAAGGCAAUCCUUAAGAGGCACAUUGCCCUGCAGCUGGAGAAAGCCAUAUCGAAGUCAUUGGGGGGCAGGGAUUACUUGAAUGCCUUCAUGGCACUGCGCCACAGUCCCUUGGAGCGGGCAUUGCGGGAUCAGAAGGAGCUGGUGGCCGUGAUCGAUCAGGUGUGCACAGAUUCAAUCAACGCAAUGAACCAGAAAAGGGAUCCCAUCCUGAUUCUUAAUGAAUAUUGCAACGAAUUGAUGACUAAGAAACAGGAAUCCGAGAAGGCAUUGAUUGAAGAACUUAAACGGAUCGUAGAGUUGGUGGAAUUCCUCAACGAAAAGGACAAAUUCAUUCAACAAUAUUGGAAAGUCCUGAGGACUCGACAAAUCAAUGAGACAUCCACCUGGGACGGAAAUGAGUCCACAAUGAUUUCCCUGCUGACCAAAAAGUUCGGCAACGAAGCCACUUGCAGACUAUCGAAUCAGUUGACGGAAUUAGCUCGGUCCCGGAUUGUAAAGGAUGGCUUCGAGGAAUAUCUGACUAGUAGGAAUAUCAGGUUUGGAUUUGAUUUCCGCCUCAAGUGCUUCGAAUCCCGUGGUGGCGAUGACAAUUUCAAGCUGAUUUUACCUGCGGAACUGCAGCAAGCUGCAAGCGAGUUUUACUCAUUUUAUUGCCAGCAUAAUAUAGGUCGAAAGAUUGAGUUCAACUUCGAAAUCUCCUCUGGCGAGAUGAUCUGUCACUUGAAACAUUCAACCCAUAUCCUUCAGGUAAACACUUUGCAAAUGGCGCUUCUGCUGUUGUUUAACCAUCAGAAGAGAUUGACAAUCAACGAAAUGGUAGAUAUGUUGGGCACAAGUACGCAGAUCCUGCAGCCGGUACUGGACUUCUGGAAAACGAUUGGAUUCCUUAUUUCGAGCGGCUUGGCUUUGGAAGUCAACAUGAAUUUUACAAGCAGAAAGCGCCGUCUUAACUUGAACAAGGUUUCGACUAAAACAAGAAAGAUCGAGGAUAAAGAAGAUUAUGAACUGAAAAAUAGACGAAAGUAUCAAAUGGAUGCAGCGGUGGUGCGCAUAAUGAAGAAGUAUAAGAUCCUGGAACACUCGCAACUGGUUGCACAUGUUAUUGACGAGCUAAAAAACUUGUUUACACCGAAAAUAGGAUUUAUUAAAGAAAGGAUUGAAGUUUUACUCAAUAAGGACACGCCCGAUAUAGAGCGAACUCAGUCCAGCACUUACAGAUACGUUUCCUAA